UGUGUUUUUAUUAGUUUUCCUCUCAUUUCUUUCUCUAAAAACACACUCCCUCUUCAGAUCCUCCUCACUAUCCACUGUGCAAACCACUCCGUCAAGUCCCUCGACGAGUGGCAACUCGAGCGCUACCUCACCGACUUCCUCAAAUCCUCCUUCUCCCUCACCGUUCCCGAAGACGACAUCGUCGUUCGCAGAUUCAAGGACCUCAAGAAGCGCAAGCGCGAUGAUCCUGUCGCUCACAACACUCUCUUCAUCUGUGACCUAGGGUUUCUAUCCAAGUUUUCCAGAUCGGAAAUUCUUCAUGGUAUAGAUGGAGAAGACAAUGUUAAGGAACUCGAGAAGAAGUUUCUGGACUGGAGAAGAUCGGUUGUUGGUAAGACCGACGGGAUUGAGUUGAAUCUUGAAGGUGUUAAGUUUAGAUUGACUGCUUUAGUUCCGGAAUCAGAUGAUUUUGGAAUGACGAAAGAGUGGGAAGAGCUUAAUGCGUUUGGUAAUCGAGGAUAUUCAAGACGUGGGAGGCAGCGGCAGCCUAAUACAAUUGUGUUGAAAGGUGUUCUAUCUCACUGGUUUGUUGAGCCAAGAGUUUCGUCUUAGCCUUCAAUGCUGGUCACUCACACGAUUUUUUCUGCAUUUGGGAAGACAAGGUUAUUGAGCAAGUUGAAGUUGAGUGUGUAGCAGAAAAGGCUGAAUUUGAUGGUCAUUUGGAUGAGGAGUUUAGGAAGGUCUUUGAGAAAUUCAAUUUUAAGCUGAUAUGUUAGUUUGGAUUAGCUGCCAAACCAGUUGAUAUGUUAAAUGAAAUUUUCAUCUUUAUUUUAAAUGGAAUUCAAUUAUUGUUUGAUGAUUUAGUGAAGUUACAAGAAAGGAAAUUUGUUAAUUAUUCUUCCUAAGCAUUUUCUUU